UAUGCUGUAAUAACCCAGAUGAAUAUUACGUCUGCCUUCUGAACGGUGAACUUAGUCUUGUUUAUGCUCUAGUGGUGUCUGUUCCUCGCUUUUGUUGAAAAAAAAAUUUACUACAGCACGACUUUGUUCAUCACAUAGCUUGCGGUUGUUGCAAAUCGGAAAUCAUGUCGAAAAACUCGAUAGUGGAGUGGUACAAUGGCAAGUCGAUUUUCAUAACCGGCGGAAGCGGCUUUAUGGGCAAAGUCCUUAUCGAGAAGCUGUUGUUUUCGUGCACCGGAGUCAAAGAGAUCUACGUUUUGAUGCGCUCCAAAAAAGGAAAAAGUCCGGUGACACGGAUUCAAGAUAUGUGGAAAUUACCUAUGUUCGCUCGUCUGCGCGAAUCGCAGCCCGAGGCAAUCAAAAAAGUGGUCCCUGUCGUCGGAGACUUGAACAGCGAAGGCUUGGGUUUGAGCCCCCACGAUUUGAGUUUACUUGUCACUAAUGCCAAUGUGGUGUUCCAUUGUGGGGCCACCCUCAAGCUUGAGGCCUCCCUCAAGGACGCCGUUGAACAGAAUACUGCAGGGACGGCUCGAGUCAUUGACGUUUCGAAACAAAUGAAACAUUUGUGCGUUUUUGUGUAUUUUAGUACGGCGUUUUGUUCUGCAGAUAUUGACGUCUUUGAGGAAAAGGUUUACGACUGCCGUGAUAACCCCCGUGACGUGAUCGAAGUGUCCCGAUGGAUGAAAAACGACGCCUUGGACCCCGUCACCAAAUCCAUAAUAGCCCCCCAUCCCAAUACAUACACUUACAGUAAACGACUCGCCGAAAAAUUAGUCGCUGAUGAAUUAGAAAAUAUGAGAGUUUGUAUUGUUCGACCUUCAGUUGUCACGCCGGCCGUUAAGGAACCCCUACCAGGAUGGGUGGACAGUUUAAACGGCCCAAUGGGGCUACUAGUCGGCGCUGGAAAAGGGGUGAUACGAUCCAUGCACGUCAAGGCCGAAAACAGGGCACAAACAGUACCCGUCGACAUUGCAAUCAAUGCCACGAUUGUGAUUGCGCAAAGGAUCGGCUCGAGCACGGAAAAACUGAAGGAAGUCCCGGUGUAUAAUUUGACCCAAGACGAGGUGGUGCCCUACACCAUGGGCGAAAUUCUGGACAUUGGGCGUCGAAUCGUCUACGAGAACCCUUUCGAAAUGCAGAUUUGGUACCCCGAUGGUGAUAUUCGCUCCUCGCGUUUCAUUCACAACAUUUAUUGCAUUUUUUUGCACUGGUUACCGGCCUAUUUAAUCGACUUUCUUUUGUUUCUCUUCCGAUACAAAACCUUCAUGGUGCGAUUACAAAGGAAAAUCCACGACGGGUUAGAACUUUUACAGUUUUUCACAGUCCGGCAGUGGAUUUUCCGGAGUGGGAAUUUUCUCGCGUUAAGUAAAAAUAUGACAGAUGAGGAGAAUAAAACUUUUCCGAUGGAUUUCAAAGCCGUACCUGUGGAGGAGUAUUUGACCACGGCGGUGUUGGGGGCGAGGCAAUACUUGAUGAAGGAGGACUUAUCAACAAUUCCACGUUGCAGAACAAAACAAAAAUUUUUGUAUGUUAUUCAUAAAAUAUUUGUUUAUGGUAUUUAUCUGCUCCUCAUAUGGAUGCUUGUGUCAAUAUUACCGCAUUUGAAAGUCAUGUUUGAUGCUGCUGGACGCUAUGCUCACAAGCUACCCAUUGUUGGGACAUUUAUUUCGAAGUAAAUGGUGAGGGGGAGGGGGUGUUUGCACCAGUAUUGUUAUAUUUUGUAAAUCUGAAAAAAGAAUAAAUAUUUUUAUAACUUGUCA